AACGAGUAUGUGGAGACGCCGUUCCGCCCUGCGAGCGAGCAGUCAGAGAAGAACUUGGGUGAUCGGGUGAGCGAGGAACGUCCCCUCGACACGCCACACCACCACCCGCUGCACCUGCCCGUGACGAAGCAGCCCGGAGUGGCCGCCGCGGCCUCCGUCAAGAAAGAUGCUCCGGGCAGUAGUAGUUCCGGUGUCAGCGCGCCCGCUGACGCAGGGACGAGUGCGGGCAACUGCUUCCGAGGCUCGAUCGUCUGCCCCGAGUGCGAACGGUGUCGGUGCAACUCGUGUCGCAAUCCGAGGCCCCUGCCGUCUCGAUGGCUGUGUAACAAUGCGUGCUUCUGUUCCGCAGAGACGAGUCUCGACUACGCCUCGUGUCUGUGCUGCGUCAAAGGCUUUUUCUAUCACUGUUCCAAGGACUACGAACUGGACCACGACGACGGCUCGGCGUCGUGUGCCGAUGACCCGUGCUCCUGCGGUCCCCGCCGCUGUCUCGCGAGAUGGGGUUGCCUCGCGGCCGUGUCGCUCGUCCUGCCCUGUCUCUGGUGCUACUGGCCCCUCAAGGGGUGUGUGGGUUUGUGCGAAAAGUGUUACGUGGGGUACAGUAACAAGGGUUGUCGCUGCGAGCCGCGCAGGGACCCUAGGAUCUCCGACGUCACGCCGGAGAAAAGGCUGCUGGACUCCAGCCCUGACUUCUGAGGUGCGUGCGUGUGAAUGUCAGUGGAUUUGGGGAGGGGGGGGAUGUCUCAGGGUUUCUAAAGAUUGGCCUACCCGGUAACCUGCUCCGAGUUCUGUCAACUAUCCAAUUGUAAAAUUAUAACGUCAUAACUUAACAGAGACAGAGAGAGAGAGUUGGUGUUAUGAAGAGAGAAUUCAGUGGAAUUUUAAACUGUUCUGAAAUGUUGUUGGUACUCCCUUAACCUCAACUCGAUGUAUCCUACUGGUUGUUGUACACUUGGCAGGCGUCGUUUUUCUGUACGUGGCGUCGGGUUGCGGUAGUGGAUUUCCUGCUGCACCUCUGGAAACAAAAAUUCUGGCCCGUCUCGGCACAUACAGGAUGAUCAAAAAGACACGCAACGCGUAUUAUAAAUAUUUAUUGACGGUUUGCAAUUCAGUACAAAUCGAUCGGGGUUGAUGAUAAAUAUAAAAGACCACACGCAGGUCACGACACGUUGUUGACCUGUUCGCGAGGAAUGGGUUGCGUGACUUUUUGACCACCCUGUAUUUGUAUGAAUAACUACUGGUCUGAUUGUUAAUUUGUGAAUUGGUCAAUAUUUCUUCUGUUUUACGAGGUCUGACUAAUAAUUGGGCCGAUGUGUACGAUUUCUUACUCUGAGCGUGCAGAUUUCAUUUUUUGAAAAUUCUUCCUUUUCCGUCAUCACGUUGCUCUGAAUGUCUUACUAGAAUCUGACUUUUCCAAGGAUGUCGUUUGCUUUGGGAACACGAAGGUCACAUGGUCCCAAAUCGGGUGAGUACACCAGAAAUUAGUCUUCUAGCCGAGCGUCGCUUAACUAUAAUAGU